AAAGUUUAAUGAACCAAUGUUGGGAUGCUGAUCCAUUAAAAAGACCUGAUGCUUAUACACUGUGGGAAAAAAUAAAUGCAAUUAAUUUAUAUCAUCAAAAAAAAUCAAAUGAGCCAACUCAAUUGGAAAUAAAUAAAAAUUUUGAAAUAAAUAAAACAAGUAGUUUUAAAACAAACUAUACAAGUAGCAUAUUAUCUGCAAGUAAAGUUCAUCAAUUUGGAUUUUUUUCUGAACCGAAAAAUGCAACAGAAGAAGAAAAAGAAGCAUAUUAUAGUAAAUCAUAUGAUGUCUUUCAAAUUCCUGAUAAUAUAAUAGUAAAGAAGCUCAAAUGGAUAAUAAAAUUGAAACAAUGCAACAACAGACUAAGAAUAUCAAUCUUGAAGACUAAAAUGGAAUACUUAAUAAUCCAAAUCUUCAUUCAGAAGAACAAGAUGAAUCGGAAAUUCCUGAUAGUAUUUAAUAUUUUA